AUGAUGUUGAGGAAGGGAAGUACAUCAUCGUCCAAGAUGGGAACGAGGACAUGGCAAUCGGAGGCAUCCUCUCUCGAGACGGUGGGUGUGGUUUCAUCAGAGAGAAAACCAUCGUCAUCAUCGAAAAUAAUAUCAUCAAAAACAUCAUCUCAUUCAAAACAAGUUUCAUCAAAACCAACGAGUAGUGGAAAUCAACGAAAAGCAUCUCCUCAAACAGUUGAAAAUGUAUUGGAACAGUCAAAAAAGAAUUCAGUAAUUUCUCAAGCAAAACAAAAAGCACAUGAAACGACAAACAAUGUUGACAAACUCGCUCUGGAAACUGUAAUUUUAGAAGAAGAAUUAAAACGAUUGAAAUUUAAUAUUAUGAAAGAAAAGGAAAAUUGGAAAAAUGUUCCAAAACAAGGAAUUUGGAAAAGCUCACAAAAAAUUCGAGAAAAUAUAUCAGGACAAACAGUUGCUUCACCAUUAAUACCAUCGAAGCCCAAGAGUUCACAACGUGAGACUAGGCCGUCGUCAUCAAGUUCAAGUUACAACAGUGACGAAGGAAAAAUUAUUAAAAUAAGGUCGUCGGUAACAAAUUUUCAAGACCUUGGAGUCAAAGCGUGCAACAAUGAACUUCCACCAUCCCUUAAAACGAAACCCAUUCCUGGAACCAUCUAUGAGGAAAUUUGUGAAAUACCAGAUUCGUCGAAUCAGCAACCAGUUCAAAAACAAACAAAACUGGCGGAAGGUGAAUAUGAUGAAGCUCUUCAACAGAGAUUGUUUCAAGAAGCAGUUAGGUCUUGGCGAGAAGGGAAUUCGGACGCAAAAAUUCAAGAGUCACCAGCAACAAGUAGUACUCCUCUCAGAGAUGGGACCUAUGAUGAAGAACUUCAGCAAAAGUUAUUCAAGGAUGCUGUAAUGGCAUGGCGAGGAGAACAACCACAUGUCGUAAAAGCUCCAACGAGCAAUGCGGAAACAUCCUCCGAUCCGUUUGUGGAAAAGAAAUCAAGUGGUCUAUCCAUGUUCCAGACUGAGUUUGUGGAAAACUUAUGUAAUGCAACAAGAUAUACCUACUUUGACAAACAUUUUAGAAAAUAA